AUGGAGCGGUUCGUGCUUCUGACGGAGGGGGCGCUGCGGAGCGGCCCCCCCCGGCCCCCCCGGCCUCCUCCGGUCCCCUCCCGGCUCAGAGACAGCGGAACCUUCAUUUGGAACCCGGCCGCCGUGCUCACCUUCAACCUUGACACCAGCCAUGUCCUCAGGAAAGACGGAACGCGGGGGACUCUGUUCGGGUUUUCGCUGGCUUUCCACCGACAAAUAAACCCGGAUAAAGUCAUGCUGCUGAUUGGUGCCCCUAAAGCCCCAGCUUUAAACAGGCAAGCAUCAAACAUCACUGGAGGCCUUUACAAAUGUGAAAUCACCAAAUCCAAUGAUUGCGAGCGCAUUGAAUUUGAUAACGAAGAGGACAUAAGGUCAGAGAAUAAAGAGAACCAGUGGAUGGGUGUGACUGUGGAGAGUCAGGGCCCUGGGGGGAAGAUCGUGACAUGUGCCCAUCGCUAUAAGAAGCGCCUGUCCGUGAGCGGCUCUGAUAGUACCGAUGACAUCAUUGGGCGCUGUUACGUCUUCAGUCAGGACUUAACCAUCAGGGAAGAGGAAGAUGACGGUGGUAACUGGAAAUUCUGCGAGGGCAGACAGAGAACCCACGAAAUGUUUGGGACGUGCCAGCAGGGCCUGGCGGCCACCUUCUCCAAAGACUACCAUUAUGUGAUAUUCGGAGCCCCGGGAGCUUACAACUGGAAAGGUUAUUGGGUCGUACGAGUGGAGCAGAAGAACAACACCUUGCUGGAGAUGGGAGUGUUUGAUGAUGGCCCGUAUGAAGUCGGCAAUGCGCGACUCUUUGACCAUAGGCUGGGGCCUUUACCUGCCAACAGCUACCUAGGUUUUUCUCUGGAUUCUGGACAUCACAUCUCAAAGAAUCGUGCCCUGACGGUUGUAGCUGGGGCACCAAGAGCCAAUCACAGUGGAGCCGUGGUCCUGCUGAGAAAAGGUGACGAAGCCUCCAACAGUCUGCUGGCCGAGCACAUUCUGUACGGGCCAGGACUGGCCUCUGCCUUUGGGUACGACGUGGCCGUGGUCGACCUGAACGGCGAUGGAUGGCAAGACAUAGUUGUAGGAGCGCCCCAGUUCUACAUGAAGGCCGGAGACAUUGGAGGAGCUGUUUAUGUCUACAUUAACAUGGCAGGACAGUGGGAGAGAGUUACUCCUGUCCGUUUAAAUGGGACCAAAGACUCAAUGUUUGGACUGGCUGUGGAAAACAUUGGGGACAUUAAUAAAGACUCUUAUGAAGAUAUUGCAGUGGGAGCUCCGAAUGAUGAUAACAGAGCAGGAAAGGUCUACAUUUACCAUGGCUCUGCUCAUGGCAUCAAAGCCAAACCUGCACAGAUCCUCUCAGGAAAAAAACACAACAUUCAGUUUUUUGGUUAUUCCCUGGCAGGGAAGAUGGACGUGGACGGUAACUCCUACCCAGACCUGGCUGUCGGCUCCCUGUCAGACACAGCUUUGAUUUACAGGGCAAGGUCAGUUGUCAUUAUUUGGAAGGACGUUAAAGUCAAUCCGCAGGAAAUCGAUCUCACGAGUAAAACAUGUGGCAACUACAAUUGCUUCAAUGUCACUGCGUGCUUUCACUACCAGUCGAGCCACACAUCUUACACCCUAUCUAUCAGCUAUUCAAUAAAGGCGGACGGAACACGCAGAAAGCAGGGGCUGACCUCCAGGGCCGUGUUCCUGAGCAGCUCCCUCACUGAAUCAGACUACCAGUGGAAUGGCACCUUAGACCUCCACGGUCAAAACCGGACUAAUUGCAUCACAGUUAGAGCCAGACUGAAGGACAACAUCAGGGACAAGAUGCGCAGCAUUCCCAUUGAGGUGUCUGCAAAAACGAUUGAUUCAAAACGGAGGACAAAACACGGCCUGCCUCAGCUGAUGCCCAUCUUAGACCCCUCUCAGCCGAGCAAAAGCGUGACUGAGGUCAACUUUGUUAAGGAGGGAUGCAGCAAAGAUCACAUUUGCCGGAGCAAUCUGAUUAUGGAUUACACGUUAUUAUACAAAGAGAGAAGCCGCGAGAAUUUUUACCCGAUAAACAGCAUGAACAACAUCUACGAGUUUCAUCGGGAUAACGAGAAAAGGGACCUGGCUCUCCGGGUGACUGUGAGCAACCCGAACGGAGACGAUGCCUACGAGGCAAAGCUUGUUGGGAGAUUCCCAGACAAGCUGUCGUACUCUGGAGUCCGCUCAGAGCUGACGGCUUGCAACGCCAAUGCCAACGGCUCUGAGGCCGAGUGUGAGCUGGGAAACCCUUUUAAGAGAGACUCCAAGACUGAGCUUACCAUCAUCCUCAACACUGAGCACAUGACUCUGGACACAACUGAGAUUGAGAUUGAUCUGCAGCUCCAGACGACUAGCGACCAACAGAACAUGUCCCCAGUGAGGGUGAAAAUGAGGGUGGUCUUCGAUGUGCCUCUGUCAGUCAUCGGUGAAGCCAACCCGAGUCAGGUUUCUUUUGGAAAUGUUGUGAAAGGUGAAAGCGCCAUCAACACAGAGGAAGAGAUUGGCAGUUUGAUUAGCUACACUUUCACAAUAAACAACGAGUGGAAGACUUUGGGGCCUUCUCUCAGCGCCAAUCUGCUCAUUCAUUGGCCUAAAGAGAACAAAAAUAGGAAAUGGCUCCUGUACCUGGUUAAAAUCUCCUCCAAAGGAGCUGAGAAAAUCAGCUGCCUCCCAGAGUCGGAGAUCCACCCUCUCAAACGCAUCAAGGAGUCUCCUGUGUCCCGGACAAGACGAGAGAUUCCACGGAAGGAAAGCGAAAGGGGUGGCAAGAAAUCUUAUCUGACGGGCAGGAGCAAAGUUUUGAGCUGUGAGAGCGAACUCAGAUGUGUGGUGCUGAAUUGCCCCCUGCAGGGCCACCACGGAACGACAGUCGAGCUCAGGUCUCGUUUGUGGAACUCCACUUUUAUGGAGGAAUACGCCACUUUUUCCACCCUGCAUUUGGUCGUCAGGGCCUCGCUUGUACUCAGCACUCAGGCUCAGAACCUGAUGCUGACCAGUCCGGACGCCAUCGUGACGGUGACGGUGUCUCCGGAGAGUUCCAUAGCACAGUAUGGCGUUCCCUGGUGGAUCAUACUGGUGGCAGUUAUGGCAGGAGUCUUGAUUUUGGCUUUGAUGGUGUUCCUGCUCUGGAAGAUUUAUCUUCAGUAUUUCCUGAGCACCAUCUUGCUGAUCAACUGUCACAACAACCUUAACCCCCCCCACUCCCCCCUGCUCCUCCUCAGUGUGGUUUCUUCAAGAGAGCAACUAAAGAACAGUACAAUGCUGCGUACCACCAGGCAGAGAUCCACAUUCAGCCCUCUGACAAAGACAAACUCUCUGCUGAGGCCUGAUUUCUCCUGUCUGAACAGGGUUUGCUUUUCCUCUGUGAAUCUGGGUGCUGUGCCGUGCGGCCGCUCCUCCCGCUGUCCGCCCUGCUUUUCAGCUUGCGGCUUCUUCAGACGCUCGCAGAAGGACGACAGCAUCCCUCGCUACCACGCGGUGCGCAUAAGAAAGGAGGCUCUCCAGCCCAUGGACGGAAAAUUCAAAGUGGAUCCUUUUGAGAAGAAGCAGUGGAUGACGAGCUGGAUGGACGAGGAAAGCUACUCCUGAAUUUCAAAAUGUGUUCCUUCUUUUUUGGGGGGGAACGAAAUUGACCUGCUUUUUUUAGUUUGUGCCGCAAACUUUGAACUGUUUUUUGUGAGAGAGGUGCUUAGCAUAGCUUUUUUAAAUGUCAUGUGGAUAACUUUUUCCAGGAAAUAGUUGACUUUUUACACUGUAUAGACAUGAGAUAUUUUUUUGUAAUUGCUGUAUAUACAAUUGAAUGACCUCCGGUAACUUUGUAUUUAUUUUUUUAUAUGAAAGAAGCCAUGCAACCAAAGUCCUUUGGAACAAGUUUACUGCUGUUUCUGGAGCUUUACUGUGCGUUGAAAAACUGAAAACACCUUAUGCAAGGAGGGUACAAACACACCACUGUGAUACGAAUGUAAACCAGUCAAUCAUUUCUGUUUAGUUUGAAUCUUUUGAAUCUUCAGAUAGGCUCUUUUU